UAAUAUCUUUGCAGUGUCAUGUAGGUACAGAGUGAAAUUAAAAAAGUGUAGGCAGCCUUUGUCCAUAAACCAAAAAAAUGUCGCAGACAAAUUCAGGAGAUGACAGUUUCGAUUUCUUGUUUAAAAUAGUUUUGAUCGGUGAUUGUGGUACGGGAAAGACAUGUGUAGUUCAGAGAUUCAAAUCUGGAACUUUUAUAGAAAGACAUGGAAGUACUAUAGGUGUAGAUUUUUCAAUGAAAACUGUGAUUGUGGACGGAAAAAAAGUGAAGCUCCAGAUCUGGGACACAGCAGGUCAGGAAAGAUUUAGGACAAUAACACAGAGUUAUUAUCGCUCAGCAAAUGGUGUUAUAAUUGUUUAUGAUAUAACCAAGCGAUCAUCAUUUCUUAGCCUGCAAAGGUGGAUAGAAGAAGUUCGAAGAUACACGGCUUCAAAUGUGAUGUUGGUACUGGUUGGAAACAAGUGUGAUAUGGAAAGCUUGAGGGAGGUAGAAUUUGCUGAAGCAGAGGCCAUGUGUGAAUAUAUUCCUGAAAUACUCUUUGUCUUGGAGGCAUCUGCAAAAGAUAAUACAAAUAUUGAUGAUGCAUUUAUGUGUCUCGCUACAGAACUGAAGCGAAGACAUGAUGCAAAUACGUAUACUGAAAGUGUGGAGAGGGAAACAAUUAGAUUAGGAGAAGGAAAAACAGUAUCUCGCUGCAGCAGUUGCAGCUACAGAAUUUGAUCCUGCAUUACAGUGUGUUCACCUCAUCAUUAAUAUUGUUCCAAAAAUUAAUUCAGUUUAUGUACACUCACUGUCUCACAUAAGUUUAAUUUUGUAAGACAUUAAAAGGCUCAUUAUUGACAAAAGUGCCACGGAAGUUGUACAAAUUUAUUUAUGGAUGCCAUUUUGCAAUAUUUUAAUUGUAUAUAAACUGUGUGUGUGUGUGUGUGUGUGUGUGUGUGUGUGUGUGUGUGUGCGCGUGUGAAAGAUGAAAUAUAAUAAUAUUUAUGUCACAAAUACUGUACACUAUUUUAAGAGAAUUUAAUUGUAUCACAAUUCACAAUGCUAUAGAUCUGAAUGCUGUUUAUGUGUGAAAAAUGGCAUUUUGUAUCAUAUUUUUCAAAUGAAAUGAAUUUUCUACAUUGUAUAAAGUGUUUUUGUUUUGAUCUGGUAUGAAAAUUUUUAUGACAGUAUCAUUAAAAAGUGAUGUUACACUGUUGUGAUUUUAUUAUAGUAGGUGUCAUAACUUGAAACUCAUCUUUUUAUGUGGAAAACACAAAAUGUAUUUUGAAAAUGUUUAUUGUUUUUUUUAAAAUGCAUUGUUUUUCUUGUUUCUUUAAAAUGCUUUGUUUUUCUUGUUUAUGUUUAGCUCAGUAACAUCCACCAGAUCUUAUAUUUUUGUAAAGCAGUAUUAUGAUAAACAUAACCAGUAUUUUAUAUAGUUGACAUUGUUGUAAAAAAUUAUUAAAAGUUUAAUAUUCAGAGAAACAAUAA